AUGGUAAGCAUCGUGACCUCAGCUUGGUUCUCUCAGACCUUCCUUCCUUCUCUCUUCCAGAUCCACAAAAGCUGCCUUGUAGACUCAAGUAAUCGAGAGAACUCAGGGAAUCUGGCUCCCAGAGAGUUCCACCGAGACAAGACCAAAGACCUGCGUUCUGAGCCUUGCUGUCGGGCAGAGAAGGGAGGGCAGUCGGUGCCUUGGUUGGAGCACAGGAAGGCGGCAGUGCUGUGUGCAGAACCCCCAGAAGCGGCCCCCGGCCCCGAUUCUGGAAAGGGUGCCAAGAGCUUGGUGGAGCUCCUUGAUGAAUCUGAAUGCACUUCUGAUGAGGAAAUUGUCAUCUCCCAAGAUGAGAUCCAGUCCUUCAUGGCCAACAACAAGUCCUUCUACAGCAACAGAGAACAGUACCGGCAGCAUCUGAAGGAGAAAUUCAACAAAUACUGCCGCUUGAAUGAUCACAAGAGGCCAGCCUGUAACAGCUGGCUGACGACAGCCGGAGCAAACUAAAACCAAUAAAACUAGCUCUGUCUUUCAACGAAA